AUGUCUGUGUCUGUGAUGUAUAGAGCAGUAUUACAGAGAUCUGUCACAGUGCCAGGUGUUAGUGGGUGUAGUCACAUUACACACGUAUCACCAGACCGGGUCUGGAUCAGUGAUAGAAAUCUCACUCUAAUAAACACAAGAGGGGAGGAACUAGACAGUGUGACAGAUAUAGGUAGUUAUUAUGGAGUACACACUGUGAAUUUUUAUGGUGAUUUAAUUUAUAUAGACAGUGAAUUAAACAUCAUUAAACGGUCUAAAGAUAAAGAAAAGACGACGAUAAUAAAGUACAAAACUUCACCAUGGGAACCACAGAGUGUCUACAGCUCCCCCUCCACUGGAGACCUGCUGGUCGGGAUGUGGAAUUCUUACUACACCAAUAUUACAUGUUCAGGCACGGUAGUGCGGUAUAACUCCACUGGAGAAAACAUCCAGACAAUACAGUACAAACACAACACAGGUCAGGGACUGUAUAGUCAACCUAUCUAUAUCACAGAGAACCGCCAUGGAGAUGUUAUUGUGUCUGACUGGGGCCGUGAUGCUGUAGUGGUGACAGAUAGUGGUGCUGUAGUGGUGACAGAUCGUGACGGUAAUUACCGGUUCUCCUACACAGGUCCUCCAUCAGGAUCAGGACUAGCACCAUGGGGAAUCUGUACUGACAAGAUGUCACACAUCCUGGUGUGUGAUGUUAACGCAAAGUCAGUACAGAUGUUAGAUAGUGACGGUCAAUAUCUCACAGAUAUACCGAUAUCAAAACACGGGAUAGACACACCACUGAGCCUGAGUUAUGAUGAUGUCACUCACCUACUGUGGGUAGGGGCAGUCAACAACACAGUCAAGCUAUACAGAGUGGUAGAUACAGACUCUCUGACUGGAGUCCCUCUGGAGAACAUCAAAUGUAGAAAACAUCCCAGAAUUCCCCUGGACCAGUUCUGUACCGCGUGUGGUGUUCCCUUGUGUGUGGAGUGUACCAGCUCUGAAGAUCACAGCAGACAUGACCUUAGAAAUAUAGAGACAUUGUUUGACAGCAUUCACAGGAUAGAAUAUGGAGAUGAACUUUUGAUGUGCCUUCUUCUUUCCAAUUCUUACAAAAUAAACAUGAAAGACGAAAACUGGAUGACCAAAUAUAAUUCUGUUGCCAAAAGUUUUCGUUUGAAGGAAAUCUCAAAGCGAUUUGGUCAUGAAGAUUUAGAAAAAUACGAACCAAUCAUGAAACUCAAUGAAUCGGAGAUCAGUUAUUCCAAUGAGCUCUUCAAAAAUAUCAGUUUCCUGAAAUUCUCAAAGAAGUCUGGCUUCACUGAAAUUUUCUUGACUGGGGCAGAAAAAGAAAACGUAGCUGAGUACUGUAGAUCGUGGAAUUAUCGGAGAAGAGAAGACGAGGUUUGCUGUUGGUUACUACCAGAUAAAAAUGAGGCAUUUUUAAAAUGUCUUGGAGAAGAUAUUUUCACGCACCCAACAAUGGAGGACCAGUCAUUCCAUGAAGUUGUAUUUAAGAAAGUUGGAAUACCAAUGCAGAUCAUCUUAAGGGGAGAUAAAUCUGUGAAGAAUUUCAUUGAGAAUUUGAAGAAAGGGAAGACAACCAUGUACCACGCCUCUGGGAUGAUAAUAGGGUGUGCUGGUAGUGGUAAAACAACAUUGUUAGAGAGACUGAAGGGCAUUGAUCUGGAAGAAAUAAAGAAAAAUAUCAGUUCAACCAGAGGUGUUGAUAUCCACACAGAUGUCUUUGAUGUGAAGGAUAGCAUCCAAGGUAUUCUUUGUUCUUUGUCUUCAUUGAUUGUGAUGAAUACAUGUAUUACUAAAUUGUAUGAUGGAAUUGGAUCAUGGAUCAAUUCACUAGAGUCAUAUUAA